GUCGAAGCAGCCGAGCGCGAUGUAAAUGAUGUUGAUGAUGACAAGCCAGUUUAAAGUGUAGUGAAUGGUGAUGGUUCCUUUGAGAGUGAUGAACACAAGGAAUGGAUACGAAGACCUGGACGGAGAUCAAUCUUCGUCUCGGAACAACAGCUAUGUACGCUCUGUUAUUAACUUGAAUUAUCUGAGAAGAAUAUGGAACACUGCUCUUGGACACCUUCGAUCUUGGACACGAAUCGAUGAGGACGAGGUGACCACGUCGGGCAUCACUGAUGGCGCCGCUGACGAACAGAGCCGGGUCAUCUUCGUGAACCGGCCGCAGCCCCAGAAGUUCGUCAGCAACAGAAUAUCUACCGCCAAAUAUAGUCUCCCAUCGUUUGUGCCGCUGUUCCUGUUCGAGCAGUUCCGGCGCUACUCCAACUGCUUCUUCCUGCUGAUCGCACUGCUGCAGCAGAUCCCCGACGUGUCACCCACGGGACGAUGGACGACGCUCACGCCACUCAUACUCAUCCUCACUGUCAGCGCCAUCAAGGAGAUCGUGGAGGACUACAAAAGGCAUCGAGCAGACGAGGAAACGAACCGGCGGAAAGUUGAAGUGUUGUUUGAGGGCACGUGGCGUUCUGUGCGCUGGGAGAGGCUGCAGGUUGGAGACAUCUGCCGGGUCGUCAACAACCAGUUCUUCCCGGCCGACCUCAUCCUACUGGCUACCAGUGAGCCGCAAUCCAUAGCUUUUCUGGAGACAUCGAACCUGGACGGCGAAACGAACCUCAAAACCCGUCAGGCCAGCACGGAAACUGGCCGGCUCAGCAGCCUGAAUGAGCUGGCUGAGUUCCGAGCGACGCUGCAGUGUGAGCCGCCCAAUAGACACCUGUAUGAGUUCAACGGAGUGCUCAAGGAGACCAACAACAAGUCGAUCCCGCUUGGGCUAGAGCAGAUACUGCAGCGCGGGGCCAUGCUUCGCAACACUGCCUGGGCCAUCGCCGUGGUCGUGUACACGGGCCACGAGACCAAGCUUAUGAAGAACUCCACCAAAGCACCCCUGAAGCGGUCCUCGAUCGACCGUCAGACCAACACCCACAUCCUGAUGCUGUUCCUCAUCCUGAUAGCGCUGUCGCUGCUCAGCGCCGCCUUCAACGAGCUGUGGUUGGCUCGGAGGACGACCACUGACUGGUACAUCGCUCUCAACGGAGCACAGAAUGCAAACUUCGGAUUUAACUUUUUGACAUUUUUAAUAUUAUACAACAAUCUUAUACCGAUAUCUUUACAAGUGACUGCAGAAAUUGUACGAUUUUUUCAAGCAAAGUUUAUAUCGAUGGACAGCCAGAUGUACCACGCGGAGACCGACACUCCGGCCCUGGCGCGCACGUCCAACCUGAACGAGGAACUGGGCAUGGUGCGCUACGUGUUCAGCGACAAGACCGGCACGCUCACCUGCAACCAGAUGGAGUUCAGCAAGUGCUCCAUCGCCGAGAUAAUAUACACGAAGCCAGCUCCCGGAGUAAGUCUGGAAGAGUCGCUGCUGUACCACAACCUUCGAGAGCACCCCAGCGCGCCUGAUAUUCGCGAGUUUCUAACCAUGCUGGCCGUCUGUCACACCGUCAUACCAGAGCGAGUGGACUCGCACACCAACUACCACGCAGCCUCACCAGACGAGCGUGCUCUGGUGACGGGCGCAGCGUCGUUCGGCUGGGUGUUCGAGACCCGCACGCCCCAGAGCGUCACCAUCAGCGUGUCGGAGGCGGGCGGCGCUCGUCAGCAGUACUGCGUGCUGCACGUGAUCGCCUUCACCUCCACCCGCAAGCGGAUGUCCGUCAUCGUGCGCACGCCCACAGGUGAAAUAAAAUUAUACUGCAAGGGUGCAGACUCUGUGAUAUACCCGCGGCUGGCGGGCGGACACGACUCGCGGUAUGCUCGUGGUACUCUCGCCCAUUUGGAGCACUUUGCCAACGAGGGAUUGCGCACGCUAGUCUUCGCCGUGGCCGACGUGCCUGAGCACUUCUAUCAGGAAUGGUCCAACACAUACCACAAGGCAUGUAUUUCGCUACACAACCGUGAAGAGAAGAUUGACGAGGCGGCCAUGUUGAUUGAGAACAAUAUGAGGUUGUUGGGGGCCACCGCUAUUGAAGAUAAACUGCAGGACGGCGUGCCAGAGACAAUAGCGUCGUUAUUAAAAGCGAACAUUAACGUGUGGGUGCUGACGGGGGACAAACAGGAGACCGCAAUCAACAUCGCGCACUCGGCGAGGCUUAUUCAUCCCGCGCAGCCGCUGCUCAUCCUCAACGAAGACAGUCUCGAUGGCACGCGUGAAGCUCUCUCCCGCGAGUGCACACUGCUCGGCGAGCGGCUCGGCAAGCAAACGGACGCGGCUCUCGUGAUCGACGGCACCACCCUCAAGUACGCGAUGGGUUGCGACCUCAAGAAGGACUUCAUCGAGCUGUGCAUAUCAUGCAAGGUGGUGGUGUGUUGCCGCGUCUCGCCCAUUCAGAAGGCUGAGGUUGUGGAGAUGGUGGCCAGUGCGACGGGCGAAGUCACACUUGCUAUCGGCGAUGGAGCCAACGACGUCGCCAUGAUACAGCGCGCCAGUGUGGGUGUGGGAAUCUCUGGUGUGGAGGGGCUACAGGCCGUCUGCGCGUCAGACUACAGCAUCGCGCAGUUCCGGUUCCUGCUGCGUCUCCUUCUGGUGCACGGCGCGUGGAACUACUCGAGGAUCAGCAAACUCAUUUUAUACUCGUUUUACAAGAAUAUAUGUCUCUAUGUAAUUGAACUGUGGUUCGCUAUUUAUUCGGCCUGGUCUGGCCAGAUAUUGUUCGAGCGAUGGACGAUAGGGUUCUACAACGUCAUAUUUACCGCCCUGCCGCCCUUCGCUAUCGGUCUCUUCGACAAGAUCUGCUCGCCUGAGAUCAUGAUAAGGCACCCGGUGCUGUACGUGCCGUCGCAGCAAGGGCUGCUGUUCAACGUGCGCGUGUUCUGGGUGUGGGCCGUGAACGCGCUGCUGCACUCGGUUCUGCUGUUCUGGCUGCCGGUGCUGAUGACCUCGCACCAUGUACUGUGGCGCGGCGCCCGCGACGGCGGCUACCUCGUGCUCGGCAACUUCGUGUACACGUACGUGGUGACGACGGUGUGCCUGAAGGCGGGGCUGGCGACCCACUCCUGGACGUGGGUCACGCACGUCUCCAUCUGGGGCUCCAUCGCGCUCUGGCUGCUCUUCAUCCUGCUGUACAGUAACGUGUACCCGCUGAUACCUAUCGGGUCAGUGAUGCUGGGCAUGGACCGUAUGGUGUUCAGCUCGCUGGUAUUCUGGGCCGGGCUUCUGCUCAUCCCCAUCGUGGCCCUGCUGCCGGACCUUAUCGUCGUCGUAAUCUACAACUCCGCGUUCAAGACCAUAACAGAGGCCGUACGUGAGAGCGAGAUAAAGAAACGAGAUCCGGCCGCGCUACUCUCGCACCCGAGGCACUCCCUUACGGAGACGGCGCGACUGCUGCAGAACGUGCGCAGCGUGUUCGGGCGGCGAGCGGCACGCGCCGAAACAGAGCUCGAGCUGUCACAUGGCUUCGCAUUUUCACAAGAAGAAGGCGCCAGCGUCUCACAGGCGGACGUCAUUCGCGCAUACGACACGAGUCAGCCAAGAGGGCGCUGCUGAGGUGACGACACGCCCCGACCGACCGCACUCAACUCUAUAUCAUUUUAACACAAAACUAUUUAAUAAAAUUGUUUUACAGCGAAACGUAUUCAACGUAUACAUAUUUUUACUAAAGUUUUAUUGAAAUAUAAUGUACUGUAGCACUUGCGCUGUUUACAUUACGCACGACACGUUUGGACGCGGCGCCGCGGAGUUUUACCCCACGUUGAACAACGGCCCGUUCGGUUGCCUUAUCUGUGUGUGCCUUAACAUCUGUUAGGCCUGCAAACGCAAGCAAGCUAAAGAUCUAACUUUUAUCACUUGCCUUCGGUGAACCUACAUUAUCUUUCUCUUUCGUUGGAUAAUUUUGUUCUACCGUCAUUCGUUUUAUGUCUGGUGUCGUUAUUCCUGCACUACCGAACAUUGUGUUUUCUCUAAGGCCGGUUCCACAUUUAAAGAAUUCGCUAAAAAAGCGAAAUACAAAGAGUAAAACAUGGCAAGUUGAGUGAAAGAGGCAUAUCUUUCGUUCGCCGUUGUUUCUUUUUAGGUUUGUGGGCAAGGCUUGACGCGAUGUGCCGCGUGCGUCAUCGUAAAAAACGUAUUGUAGAAAUUCCAAUAUUGGUCGUGAAUUCCAUUGAUGGAAUAACCUGUCAUGUGUCGUGCGUUAUGUCAAACGGCCUUACUGAGAUUAAAUGUUUUAGUGAUGUAUAUUAUGGUAUCGACAGGGAAUAUCGACCAAAACUAAAUAUUCUAAGAUUAUUUUACUACAUAAUAUGAUAUAUCGUCUCGGUUCUAUACGACGUUAUUUUAAACACUAAGACACCACAUAUGUGUGCACUUCAACUGUGCUGGUAAACACGCAGUGCGUGUUGAAACGCGUCUAGACGUCUUAAGGUCUUCGCACAUUACGCACCGACUCAACGUCGUCUCUGCAACUCAACUUACAGUAUACGAUUGAAAUGUAAGCUUUAUGUUGUGUUACUUUAGAGUGUUUUUAUUGUCAACUAUUAAGUUGAAAGUAUUUGACGCAUGGUCCACGCGUUGUUCACCUAUUGACUGUCACUUGUUUGCUCCUCGUUGUCGACCAAUCGGGCACGAGUCAAUGUGCUUACGGCAAGCGGCGUUGCCAACUCGUCGCGGGUAUAAGAACAUGAGCUAGGUGACAACGCGCUUCCCACUCGUUGACGCCGCAUUGGCCACUCAUUGACACUGGCAACAAGUCGUCCACUGGCGACCGUCUCGUUGAUCGCCUAGUUGACAACUCAUUGAUACCUCCAGUUGUUAAGUUGAGUCGGUGUAAUAGAGACCUUAAAGUGUGGUGACGCCGCACAGCUUAUAUAAGAUCUAUCUAGGGCUGGCAGUGAAAGUGAAAAAUUGUAAAAAUUAUACGUUUAUUUCAACUGCACCCAUAUUUAUUAAUUGCACUAACGCAUUAAUCUUAGGUAUUUUAUAUUAAUUAAAUUAAUUAGCAUGGCUUACACUAUUCUUAUUACUUAGGUUGUAUAUUACUCCUAACGCAGAGGUUGAUCAGAUAUUUAGUAAGUACCUUCAUUGUGGUUUAUAAUAUAUUAUACUUAAUGUAUUAGUUCUAAUCAAAUCACAAAUAAGAGGCUAUAGGAUGUGUGUUUAAACCUUAUUAGGUACCUUAUUUACAAUAUACUAGAGUAUAGACAAACAGUGAGAGACGAACAUGUAACGGAGAUACAGCAAGAUAGAAAAGGAAAGGAAAACUAUCGUUACUGUAACUGAUUUUGAUUGACAAGUCGUAAACAGGCAGCCACGCUUUGAAUUAGCUAAUUAGUAUUUUGAAUAGCUAACGCACACAUAAGACAAAUCAAUAUUGGUCACGCACACAGACAUAGAUCCAAGUAGAUAACACAAAUACCUCUGUCAGUAUGAAAACCAGGCGUGCCCUUUUUUGGUAGCUACUGUGACGUCGUUAAAAAUGCCAGCGUAUAGAGCCUAACGUUUAGCCAUUCACUUCAUAAUUAGUUGACGUUUUCAUUACAUCAAUAGUCGGUUGCUUAUUACUAAAAUCGGCAAUGUAUUAUAAACAAUGUGUUAUGUUUUUAAAGUGAUAAACCUCACUUCUAGGAUUAAUACACAAAUAAAAUUUGAAAAACAAAAUUUUAUGAACGAUGCGGGAUUCGAACCCACGACCUCCGGCGUUCCGUGCCGGUGCUCUAACCAACUGAGCUAACCGUUCGAGUACCGCCUCGUUAUAAAAUUCUGUUUGCUUUGUUCAACUCUCAGGUUGUCGUGGAGGUCGUGGGUUCGAAUCCCGCAUCGUUCAUUUUUUUUUUUUAAUUUAUUUGAAUGUAUUAUAAAUCCAAAUAAAAUAAAAGCGUCAAACGAAGAGCUUUGCUCCUCUUUUUGUCCUUUUUUUGACACGCAAAGUACAAACACUCGCGGCAUCUAUUUGUACCAUGUCUGUGGUCACGCACUAUAGAUCUGUCAGGUUGUCAAUACUCUAGUAUAUUCUUAUUCUGUAGUUUAAACCAAGUUUAGUUUUUGCUUUGCUUCUGCUCCAUGUUCGAAAGAAUACUACUAAUUGUAAUUUAUUUUCAAAAUAAAAUUUGUUUAAUGCUUGCGUUAGCGAAUUCAAAAGUUUUUAGCUUUAGAAGUAUGGUCACAAUAAAAUAGUAAUUAAAAAAUCUGAAGGAUCCAGUGUUUACGUGAUGGAUUUAAAUGAUUCACUUUGGACAACGAGUAUGGCAAUGACUUUUUUAUUUCAAUAUCAAUUUUAUUACAAAUACUUCACUCCAUAGAUCUUAUGGAAAAUUAACUUUCAAAAUUAAUAAACAGUAUUGUCAUCAUUAUUUUACUCACUAUCUUAAGUACAAAAUAUGUGCAUUAUUAUUGUAAAUUUAUUAAUUUAUUAAUACCUGUUAUUUAUUUGAUUUAAGUAGUAUUAAAUACGUAUUAUUUAAAUGUAUUCAUAAAAUUAAGUUAUUUUUAAAGUAGAUUACAAAAGAUGACUAUGUGACGAUCUUAUAAAUAUUUAAAAUUUAUUUAUUCAUGUAUAAACAUAAUUCAAAUUUGGAAGAAAAGGUUUGUUAUAAUAACAUGUUUAAUAACGGGGAUUUUUCAUGUUAAGUAUAUCGAAAAAUUAUUUAAAUAUUCUUCUUUUAUGGUACAUUGGUUUGAGCUGAUGGCCUUGUUACCAAUGCUCUAAAUAAAUAAAACUAACUAAUAUUUUAAACGUUGAAAAAUGUACGAUAAAUUAUAUGUCAAUGUUAUUCUUAUUAUACUCGUGUUCAUGUUAAUGAUAUUAUCAAACACCGCAAUAACAGCACAUAUGCAACAUUACAUUUAUGUGGAAACGAUGCGAAAGGCUUGUAAACUAGACAUUAUAAAUAUAUUUCUCAAUAUAAUCAUUUGAUGAUAUUAAGUUUCAAAACAUUUAAUGGAAAUUGAUUUCGAUCCCUCACGUUUAUACAGUAUGAUCAGUGAGACACUUACUAUAGUUAAGGAGAGUACUUGGCACAGAUGAAAUGUGAAAACACCACCGCCCCGCAAGCGCAAGCGCCGGCAGGUCCGUGUGACCGCCUUCCCACUUCCUUGUACCGAGUCGCGCGAUAAGCGUGUAAUCCCUGUGUCGGCGCGGUGAUCAUGCGUUGCAAAAUUAAUUACUUAACUUUCGGUUAAGUUUACUAAUUAAUAUUUUAUUUUAAAUGUUAUAUUUUUUUCUUCUUAAUAUAUGAUCGUCAAAUAUCGCGUUCUCAAGUAAGCUAAUACUGGACAUGCUGUAUACUAAAUUAAAGUUAUUUUAUCAUUCAAUUCGAAACUUUAAACUUAUUUUUAUAUUUUGUUAAAUCCCUGAAAGUUUAUUACACUUACCCAAGAAGUUUUCAACGUUCAGCUGAUGAUAAUUGAUACGCCCUGCUUAUUACAAUGCAGUGCCGCUCAGGAUACUUGUAAAAUCUCAAAACUUUGGAGCCCUUCAGACCGAAAUACAGUAAUGCUUACACAUUACUGCUUCACGGCAUAAGGCGCCGUUGUGGUACCCAUAAUCUAUCCGGGAUCCUGUGCAAUGGAGCCUCCCACUGGUAGGAGAUAUAUUUACCCAAGAGGUAAUUACGCCCUCCGCUAACGUUCUCACGUAUAUCGUGAAACUAUUUUUUGUUUUAACUCAAAAGUACCUAUAUAUUGUUAGCUGCUGUAAGAUUUUAUAGGGAAAUAAUGACCCUAUUUAUUGUCAUUAUUUCCAAUUCAUUAUUUAAUGGAUUCCUAUUCCUAAAUAAUCUAUUUGCAUAAAUUUUUAUGAUAGCACAUUCUAGAUUAAUAAAUAGUAACGGUAACUGCACAUUUACUUACAAACCAACCAUUAUGUUUGAUUGGUUGCCAAUAUAUCGGACGUGAUUCACAGAAAACUGAUACUGUAGACUCGACUCUUUAAGAAUGUAGUUCGCUCGCUGAAUCAUUAUUUUAUCAGCUCUACGACAUUUGCGCUGCAUGGCGCAAUCACUUCAAAUAUCUUCUUCUUCCCGUUCUGUGAUUGUCAAGGAGUUUCAAUAAGGGCAGAUGUAAUGCGCCUCACAAUUUCUCGCCAUCUCUCUCUGUUAGAGGUCAUUCGAGUACACUCAUGCACGGGGCCGCCCGCAGCAGACUUCUGAUCUGAUCGGUCCAUUGCAUAGGUGAUCUUCUACUUUACCCUGGAAGACAAGGCGUUCUAUGAACUGGUUGCUUCGUCUUGGUACGUGUCCAAAGAAGGCGGGAUUGCACUAUGGAACUUAAUCGCUGUUUUUAGGCCCUGUAUUCACCAAAGCGGAGUGGAGACCAUAGCAGAUGGCGGAGAGAUGUAGAAAUAACGAAAUAUGAUUGGUUAUCAAUAUACAUCUAUUCUCUCCUCUUUGGUGGAUACCGGGCCUAUAACUGUAAACUUCAAGUAUAAAUUAUGUUUGCGCGGUUCCGUACUGCAGCUGUUAUUUAGCUUCGCCCAUCUCUGCGCGUUUCAUUUGCCUUUUACACGUCCUUUAUAUAUCAUAUUAUAUGAUCAAUGAGCCUCAAAAGCCCUCAUGGUCCAGUUAUGUUGUGGUCUAGUGGUAGAUGAUUGGUGUAUAGUUGAGAUGUUACGUGGAUGUUAGCGGUAGUACGUUCGUAAGUUAGCUUAGAUAGUAGAGCACGCACGAUCCCAGAACACAACACGAGCGCUAGAGCCAGCGACUAGAGCGAGCCGGCAUUAACCAGUUUCAAUACUUAUACUCAUGUAUUACCGGUAUGUAAUACAUAUAAAUAAUGGUAUGUAUUGUGUCCCCCACCGAUCUAGUCAUUCUAUGUUUUGACGUACUAUAUAAAAGUAGGCUCCCAAUCGCAUAUUAAAAUGUCAUUGUAUAUACGAGUACAUUAACUUAUAGAGAUAACAUUAAAACAUUCAUUCAAAUUAACACUUUAUUUCGUGGCAGUAAUGUUCAAAGUAUACCUACACUUAUUAGAAGCUCGGACCCGAACACGGGGCAAGAACAUUUUGUUUUAUCAACUGAAAUAUAAUUAUUUAGCAAAAUAAUUAAAAUCGUCAAGUUAGUUACAUAAUUUUGUUAAUUUAAAGAGACACUUACCUGAAAAACGACACUCCUUCCUUUUUAAGUUUGGAUAUGCUGUUAUUUGGAUAGUUAUUCACUGAACGCUUUGUCGUUGCGUGACGUUGUAUUCAAAGCGCGGUCUAAACACAGCCUGACACGCGAAGGCAGAGUUUUGCUUCAGACAAUUUUUGAACGUGAUUGUGACAAGUUUUUUACUAUACGUCAAUAAUUCAAUGUUAAGAUACAAGCAUUUCGUGAUUGAUAUCACCUAAUCAUCAUGUGACCCAUACAAUUCAAUUCGCAAAUUUUAUCAUUAUAAGUGGCGUGUAACUCCAAAUUUCUGUCAACUUGGGACCAAAAUUUCAAAGAUUUUUCAAGUCGUUUUCCAACCGAAGAAAGCCUUACAGCCCGUGAUUCGCAUAUAGAAAAUAAUGAAUAUACUUGAAAUGGAUAUACAAAACUAGGUCACAAAUAAUAUUUUCACGUAAAUAAAAAAGUACAAUUAAUUAAUAUUCAAUUUAUGCAUUAAACAUUUAUUCCGGCGUGCUCUUCGCUCGUAUACUACUUGGACAUAGAUCCCUAUUAAAUACUUAGACACAAAGAGAAUGGUCACUGGUUUUAUUUUUAAUCUCAUGAAUACAUCUGGCCUCAUGUAUUCGUAGGUGAAAUGUGUACAUCUACUGCAUCCAUUUGUCUGUCUGUAUUCGCAAUAGGUUAAGAUUAUCGCCGAUUGAGGCUAGGGAUAUUAAGCUCUUCUAUGGCUAGAUAUUAGUUUGCGCACCUCUUCAAACUGUCUUAGGGCCACAUUUCACCCGGACACCCAGUCAAUCAGUCGCGCCACCAUGAUAUCCGUAAGACACGAUUCGCCUUACUCGCAACUAGUAGUAGUAACUCGACACCAGCUCUAUAGCAGAUUGUGGAGGCGCGACCAGUGACAUCUGUAAACGCGUCCGAGCUGGUCGUGCCACCAAAUCGGUUGCACACCAAACGGACAGGUGAGUAACUCUAAUCUCUAUAGAGCUGUAUGCAUUUUGUUGGUAGCGGCGACUGUGUGCGCCACCGUGGAGUCCCGGUGAAAUUUAGCCCUAAAUAGAAUCUCACACCAUGCACCCUCGUUUACAAAUAAAUAUCCUUUAGUUAUUAUAUUCGAAAUUAAUUUGGCAAAUAUUAUUUAUUGUGCAUCCAUAUAAUUAUACCGUAUAAUGGCUGUCUACGGAUUUAUUUUGGCUUCGCUCUGUAUUAUAAGCUUGAGUUAUAUAAAUUAAGGUUUGCUGUUGUGCUGAAAGAGAUGUAAUUUGUAGAAAUCCACUCAAUAAUUUAAUGCUUUUCUUAUAUAAAUUUAGGGGACAUUAACUUUCAAAUGUUGGCUACACCUGAAGUAAGCAUUAUAUUGUCAGAUGUUAUAGCUACGUACGCUGAAGUAAGCAUUAUGUUGUGAGAUGUUACAGCUACGUAAGCAUUAUGUUGUCAGAUGUUACAGCUACGUAAGCUGAAGUAAGCAGUAUAUUGUCAGAUGUUACAGCUACGUAACUGAAGUAAGCAGUAUAUUGUCAGAUGUUACAGCUACGUAAGCUGAAGUAAGCAUUAUAUUGUCAGAUGUUACAGCUACGUACGCUGAAGUAAACAUUAUAUUGUGAGAUGUUACAGCCAUGUAAGCUGAAGUAAGCAUAUUAUUGGGAGAUGUUAUAGCUACGUACGCUGAAGUAAGCAUUAUAUUGUCAGAUGUUACAGCUACGUAACUGAAGUAAGCAGUAUAUUGUCAGAAGUUACAGCCACGUAAGCUGAAGUAAGCAUUAUAUUGUCAGAUGUUACAGCUACGUACGCUGAAGUAAGCAUUAUGUUGUCAGAUGUUACAGCUACGUACGCUGAAGUAAGCGUUAUGUUGUCAGAUGUUACAGCUACGUACGCUGAAGUAAGCAUUAUGUUGUCAGAUGUUACAGCUACGUAAGCUGAAGUGAGCAUUAUAUUGUCAAAUGUUACAGCUACCAGUGCACAUAUUGUGACAUAUUACGAAAUAAUUGAAUUAAUGUGAUAUUCGAUGUAACUGGCCUUGUGUUUCAUACUGUGUAUUAACACCUCGGCCCUACUUACCUCUAUACUAACAGUUUAUUAUUGUUAACUGUUACUUCGACUAAGUACACAUUCUCGAGAUCGGUACUCGGCGCAUGUUCUUUGUACUAUAAAACAUAGACUUAUAAAUACUAGCGAAUAGACAAAGCAUACGAGAGGGAAGAUCACUAACGGAGAUACGGCAAGAUAGAAAAGGAAAGCGAAUCUAUUGUAACUGUAACCAUUAUCAUAUUGACAAGUCGUUAACAGUCAGCCACGCAUGGAAUAUAUCCUUAGUAUUUUGAAUAUAAAACUAGCUAACGCACACAUUGCCAACUCUAAAUUAGUCACGAAUUAUCGGGCUGCCAGUUCGUCUAUACGCUAGUAUGUUAUGAGUCUAUGCUAUAAAAUGACGUGACGGAAGCUAAUCACUUGUUGAGUUCAUCUUUUUUGUUAAAACAAACUUUUUAAGAUUACCUAUACUAUUUUAUACUUUGGACUUGGUGGUAAGUACCACAAUAACGACUACAUCAAACAAUCCUACAUAAAUUAAUUUUCACUUAAACUGAGGUUUCAAAGAACGCCAAUAUUUGGGAAAAAAUCAUAUUGGGCUUCAGUGAACAUUACCUAGGAUUUGAAGAAACAAUCCAGCAGAUUUUACGAGAACUAUUUACUGGCAGAAAUGUAACUACCGACACAUACGAGACUAUGAAGAUGUGAUGCGCCGACUGCCGAUCUCGUCUCUAAUAUUUAAGCAAAAAUGUGAAUUACGUCAUAGAAAUAUAUUAACUGUUCUUGUUCUUUA